CCCGUUCCAAAAUCUUUGUCUUCCUCACCACCUGGCGCUGCCAUCCGCACAUACUGGACAUUGGGAUCCGACGGCGACGGCGAAGAACACUUCCAGGCUUCUCUUCAGUCUCGUUCCUCCCCAUCCUCGUCCACAAUGGCGCCGGGCGAGCCAUCGCGUCCGUCAGGGCCCACGCCACUGAUCGACGUGUCUGGCAACGGGCAAGACUCGCAGCAGCCAGGCGCGGGCGCGGGCGCGGGCGCGUCCUCUGCAGUCGGCAAGAAGAAGAAGCACCGAGGCGGCAAGAAGAGACGCAACCGCCGCCAGUCGUUCGCUGCGACUGCGGACAUGGGCCACGCUGACAGCAACGACGAGCGCCCGACACUCGAAGACAUUGCCGGCCAUGGCAACUCGCGCGGCAGCACCAGCUUCUACGGCCUGUCGCGCAACCUCAGCAACACGAGUCUCGAGAGCGAGGCGCUGCUGGACCACCGCGACCACCAGUCUGCGCGAACCCGCCGGCAGAGUAUUCCCGCUGCGGCCAUGUUUGCGCCGCGCGCCAGCCAGCCCUUCACCAACUCGCCCGCCCGCCUCAAUGUCCCCUCGGCGUACGGCAAGGCGCGGCUCUCAGGCACGCUUGGAGGCAGCCAAAGCGACGACGAUGCGGACGACCGAACGCCCCUGAUGAUGGGCUCGCCGCGAGACGCCCGGAAGGGCAACAGCUACGGCACAAGCGCUGGCGGCAUUGUCCCCAAGAAGCGGCGACCCAGCACCGGCAGCGGCAAGCAGCGCCCUUCUAUUUUCGGCCACCACUCGCAGACCAACAUCAACGAAGGCUACGACGUCAACAACCCGCCUUCCGUGCCUGCCAGUCCUGUCUUCGAGGCUAAUCUGGGGCUCGAUGACGUUGCGCUUCCCAUUGACUUGGAGCACUCGUCCGAAGGAAGGUCGCGGGACGCCCUCAUCGACAUUGACGGAUCUUGUGGAGACUCAGGCUCUCAAUCUCCCAAGCCGGGCGACUUUCACCGCCGCAUGACCCAGUCUUUUGCCGCCGACGACGAUGUCUGCUUCCCACAUGAGGGCAUGUCUGAGAUAGGCCAGCAAGACUACCUGAACGACCCCACAGGAGAGCCCACAAGUCGCCGCCGCCGCCGCCGCUGGCCGGACCUGGACGUGCUGGCAUCAUGGUCGCACGAAGAAAAGGAGCAGCGCACUAUGGAGGGCAUCCGUCUGCGUAAAGUCAGCGAGCCCUUGAUGGUCGACGGCCGACUGCGUCCGCGCCAGCGCCAGUGGCAUCGCGAGGCCGACGAUGCUCCGUUCCGCUUCACCUACUUUAACGAAACCUUCGACAACACCAUUCACAGUCAGACCAUCAGUGAACUCCUGCAACCUGGCCAGUCUUUCAGACAUCUCUUCAUCCCGGAGCCUGUUGAGCUCGAGGACAGCAGCGACGACGACUCGGACGUGGAGGACAUGAUACGCACGACCGCGAAUGGCAACUCGAGAACCCCCACACGAUCGCCCUCGAACACGCACGACAAGGUUUCGUCUGGUGAGCAGACCCGUACAAGCACACCUCGGCCUCAAGCAGAAUCAAAGGCCAAAGAUGACAACAAGGAGAAGCGCUAUGGUCCCAGACCGGCCUGGUGGCUCGACGUAAUGUCGCCCACCGAGACUGAGAUGAAGGUCAUCUCGAAGACGUUCGGCAUCCACCCAUUGACGUCCGAAGACAUUCUUAUGCAGGAGCAGCGUGAGAAGGUGGAGCUCUUCAAGCAUUACUACUUCAUCAACUACCGUACCUUCGAACAAGACCAGAACAGUGAGGACUACCUGGAGCCUGUCAAUCUAUACAUCGUCGUCUUCCGCGAGGGUGUGAUUAGUUUCCACUUCUCCAUGACGCCCCACCCUGCCAACGUACGUCGCCGCAUCCGGCAGCUGUCCGACUACUUGGUGCUCUCGCCCGACUGGAUCUCGUACGCCAUGAUCGACGACAUCACCGACGCAUACGCGCCCAUGAUCCAAAGCAUCGAGGAAGAAGUCGACGACAUCGAUGAAGCUAUCCUCCGCCUGCACAACGCCCACGACGACGACAGCUCCGACUCGGACGAAUACGACGAGAAGCAGAGCAAGGAGAAGAGCGGUCGUGAUAUGCUGCGUCGUGUGGGCGAGUGCAGAAAGAAGGUUAUGAGUCUGUACCGCCUGCUCGGCAACAAGGCCGACGUCAUCAAGGGCUUCGCAAAGCGCUGCAACGAGCACUGGGACAUUGCGCCCCGCAACGAGAUAGGCAUGUACUUGGGCGAUAUCCAGGACCACAUCGUUACCAUGACGGGAAACCUGUCUCAUUACGAGAACCUCCUGUCGCGUGCUCACAGCAAUUACCUCGCUCAGAUCAACAUUCGCAUGAACGAGCGUCAAGAGCAGACCUCGGAUAUCCUCGGCAAGCUCACCGUCCUCGGCACCAUCGUUCUGCCCAUGAACGUCGUCACGGGUAUCUGGGGUAUGAACUGCAUUGUUCCUGGCCAGGAUGUGGAGAAUCUGAACUGGUUCUUUGGCAUCACGGGGGGUCUUGUCGGCUUUGGACUGCUGUGCUACAUGAUCGCGAAGAGAGUUUACGGCAUUGUGUGAUUCAUCGCAUGUGACUUGGUGUCGCUGGGAGGGUUUGUGAUCGGAGUUGGUGGCUUGCGAAUUGUAUCGUUGCUUGGGUAGAAAGGGGGGUGUAGUAUGCAUGUGGCGACGAGCCUGGCGUUGUUAGGUACAUAUAUACCUUGGUCGUUACCUGUUGCUACGGAAUGGAUUGCGUUGCUACGAUAUGUCGACCUGGACAAGUCCGUGUAAUAAUAUUAUUGUCCAACGUGACGCUGAAUACGACUAGCGA